AGGUCGCACCCGAUCCGGUCCGGUUGUAUUGCGAUUCCCUGCGUCCGAUGCCAACGCGCCUCACACACUGAACACACACGAAGUGCUGGGUGGUGGUGGUGGCUGGGGCAUCUCGUCAGCGAGUCGUAGACAUUGGUCUAACCGGGGGUGAAGUGAUCCGCAUUACCCUGCAUUCAAGUAAACCGCAAGCAACUGGGCGGCAAUAUGGAUACCAACGAAACGAUGUCGGUGGACAUCCUUGCGGAGGAAAACUUUACCACGACCGGCGACGAAUGUACCAAUGAGUUGCCCACCGUACAGGAAUAUCUUGAUGGCUUAACACUCCCAAUCGCCAUAAUAAUAGCCGCCACCGUGCUGCUGAGCAUUGGCACGUUUAGCAUCUUCUUCAAGAACGCUUAUCACAUCCUGCACCGGACGCCGAAACAGUUCAAAACCAAAUCCAUACUGCUGCUGACCAUCUAUCCGCUCAUCACUCUGUUCGGUGUGGUGUCUGUGUCCGUGCCGCGUGCCUUCUUCCUGUGCGAUACCGUGAUGCAUGUGUACUUCAUGAUCUGUGCUUACGUUUUCUUCAGCCUGUGCAUGCAGUAUGUGGACGGGGAAGAUGCACUUAUUAAAUCGACCGAUUCGCAAACCUUCUCCCUGCGCACCCCACCGCUGUGCUGCUUCGUGCCGCUGUUCAAACGAGCUCCCGUGACAAAAAAUCGGUUACGGUUCGUGCGUAUGCUUAUAAUGCAGCUGCCGGUCGUACAGACUGCUCUCUUUAUGGCCCUGAACGUAGUGUUUGUGGAGGAUUAUCCCAACUUUAAUCGCAUCAUCCUAUACUUUGUGCCCAUGAUCGUCAUCUCUAUUCUGCUCGGUGUGUGGGGAUUGAACAUUCUCGUGCGAAUGCUCGCUCCACUCUACUCCGACUUGAAGCUGAUGGGCAAAUAUUUCGUAUUGCAGGCGGUGCUUAUACUUUGCCGGAUACAGCCCCUCAUUAUAGCGGCCAUCGUUAGCAGCAGCAUUUCCCACUGUGCCUUUCCCAACACACUGCAGGUGCAGAAAAAUGCCAUUUUUCAACUUUGCCUGUGCUUUGAAAUGAUGGUACUAUCAUGCUGGGCCUCCCUGCUGUACAAAUCGCCCUCCAUCAUUGGACCAGGCUAGGCGUGAACGACAAGGG